AUGUGGAAGAAAUUAGGGUUACCCAGACCACCCAGCCCCUCUGACAGUGACGAUGAAGCGUGGGACACACUACCAACAACCACCACCAACACCGAGACACCACCGGCCACAAGUACAGAAACAGGACGCACCGACUCACCGGCCGUCCAGAUAUAUCGCCGGCAAACGAAACGGCAAAGAACGCCGCCAUCCACAAUAGCCCCGACGGCAGACCCUGAGGGCAAAAAGUUACCCGAAGCCACCACUCCCACCGGCCACAGCCAGAAACGGCCAAGAACUCAGUCGCCACCGAGGUCAGAGCCAGAGUUGGAACCUACCAUCGCCAAAGAAACUGAUGCACCCACGGAUCUGCCAUGUGAUGUGCCCACCGAUUCCACCACUGAUGUGCCCAUGGACACGACUACUGAUGCGCCCAGCAAUGUGCAAAGCACUAUGCCAAGCUCUAUGCCAAGCGCUGAUAUGCCCACUGAUAUGACCAAGGAUCUGCCAAGUGCUGCGCCCAGCAAUGUGCCACACGCUGUGCCCAACGACGUGCCUACUGAUUUCACCAGCGCUGUGCCCAGUGAUACGCCCACGGACUUACCAGCGACGCACUAA